GUUGAUUAUCAAGGUGUAUUAAAGUUAGAAAAUCAAGUAUUUAUAUAUAGCUUACAAUAUGUUGACAUCUGUCUUUCAAAAACUCCCAGUGACAGCUCUCAGCAUGAAUGAGGAUCAUAUAUUUGUUGGGCAAGGUGGUACUGUCCAGAUUUUCAAGUUUUUCAAAGAAAACCAACUUACUUUAUUCCAGGAGUUACAACUUUUUAAAAACUCUGUGGUACAUGGGAUUAAGUGUGUAUCUUUUUCUAAUGCACUUGAAGUAAUUGUCUACGGUGGAAAAAAUGUUUCUGUUUUAACAUCAGAUUGCUCUGAUGAAAAUUUUAAAGAAAAACACAAGUUUGAAUGUUAUGAUUGGGUUUUAGACACCACUUUUAUUCAAGGUCCACAGCGUUGUAUAGCUGUUGCCCUUGCCCAUAACACUGUACUAAUCAUCGAUCUUCAAACAUCUGCGUUUCUUCAUGAAAUUCAUUGCAAGGAGAAAUGUAUUUUAUAUUCAGCUCAUUUUAUUCAAUAUGGGGAGCAGCUCACAGCAUAAAUGAGUUGAUAUUAUGUGCCGGUACUGUAUUCAAUCAGAUAGUUGUGUGGCAACCAUGUGUUGGGGGUGGGUUGGUUGAAAUAAUGGAAAGGGUGG